CUGCAGAAACCUGAAGCUCCCGGAAAACGCUUCUCUCUCUCUCUCUCUCUCUGUGUCUCUCUCUGCUGCCAGUUUCCUUCCGUCGUGGUCACAAAGGCGGGCGACACGUCGUGGUGAGUAGACAUUUGCGAGCAUCUCGACCGAAGAGGAGCCUCCGUUCUCCGCUCACCUGCAGCGGACACCUGUAGUUGGCUGCGACCUGCUUCCUGGUCGGCUGUUCUGUCUCGCGGCUGGAAUCCGUUGACGAACACAAGCCAGAGAAUCUCACCUCUUCGGCGGCCGAGGCCCGCGGGGGAAGCAUCACCAGCAGCAGCAGAGGUCAAACACACUCAGCAGGCCGAGCAGGGAGACGUUGGUGCAGGUGUUUCGUUUCGAAAACUUUUUUAGCAGUUGGGUCCAGGUGGGGGGCCCCUGAUGGACUACAUGGACAGUGGACUGAGAUACACCCCGAACAAGGACAAAGACUGGGACACCUCCGUCCAGUUCCUGCCCGCGUCAGAUAACAAAAAGCUUGAGAAGAAAAAGGGUCCAGGAAAAGUUGGCGCUGUGAUUGGUGUGGUCAUCUUCGCUGCCGUUAUUGCACUUAUGACCGGGCUGCUGGUCUGGCAUUUCCACUUCCGUAAAGAUGUGCGUGUCAAGAAGAUGUACAGCGGCUCCAUGCGGAUCACCAACCAGGGGUUCGAAGACGCCUAUGAGAACUCCAACAGCACCGAGUUCAAGGCGCUGGCGAAGCAGGUGACUUCACAGCUUAAAGCCAUCUACUCCAGGAGUCCACAGCUGUCCAAAUACUAUGUUGGUUCCACAGUUCAAGCUUUCAGUGAAGGAAGCGUCAUCGCCUACUACCUGUCCGAGUUCAGAGUCCCCGCAGGCCAAGAGGGAGCGGUCGACAGUGCCAUUUCCUCAGUGGACAGACUAGUGGAGAAAGAGCAGCGCGCCCUGAACAGACCCGGCAACGCUUUGGUUGUGGACGAUGUGGUGUCUUCAGCUCUCGAUACCCGCCUCUUUUCAACGUCGUUCAGCAAAUUGUUCCAGUUUUCAGAGCAUACGAAGACCAAUCACAUAGGGGAGAUCCAGUCCCCGGGCUUCCCCGACAGUCCUUAUCCGCCAAACACCUUCAUCCAGUGGCAGCUGAGAGCGGACCCCAACCAAGUCAUCAAGCUCGAGUUCGACACGAUGAACCUGGAGGAAGACUGCAGGAAUGAUUUUGUCAAAAUCUACGACUCCCUGGUGGCCAUCGAGAGCCGUGUCAUGGAGGAGAUGUGUGGGUACUAUUCACCCAGUGAACCACUGACCUUUCUGUCAUCUGGCAAUGUCAUGCUGGUGACGAUGGCCACAAAUAACAAGGAGAACUACCCGGGUUUUAGAGCACAAGUCUCUCAAGUCCGACGUGGGAGUAAAGAUACAACAUGUGGUGGCCAGCUGAAAGUAGAAAAGGGCACCUUCUCUUCUCCCAACUUCCCAAAUUACUAUCCGCCUCGAAUUACCUGUCAGUGGUCGAUCGAGGUCCCCGUUGGUAAGGCAGUGAAGCUGACGUUCAAGAAGUUCCUCUUGUCUGAGCCCGGGCAGGAAAGCAGUAAAGACUGCCGUAAAGACUACGUGGAGGUCAAUGGAAAAAAACUGUGCGGAGAACAUCCCGGCGGAACAAUGACGGAAACCAGCAAGACCAACACGAUGAGCGUGGUGUUUUUCUCCGAUGCCUCCUAUGUGGACCGAGGUUUUGAAGCAGCGUUUGAGGCCAUCGACGUCAAAGACCCCUGUCCAAAGCAGUUCCAGUGCGGCAAUCAGCGCUGCAUUAAAUUGGAGCUCAAGUGCGAUGGCUGGAAUGACUGCGGAGACAUGAGUGAUGAGCUCAAAUGCAAGUGCCGUUCAGAAAAUAUCAACUGCAAAAAUGGACUGUGUAAGCCCAUGUUCUGGAAGUGUGACGGCAUAGACGACUGUGGAGACGGCACCGAUGAGCUCGACUGUGGUGGUUGCAAGUCUGGACAAAUGUCUUGCAAGAACAACAAAUGUGUUUCUGAGAAGAGUCGCUGUGACGGUCGGGACGACUGUGGGGAUGGGUCAGAUGAGCUCGACUGUGGCAGAUCCACGGAUACGAGCUGCACUGAUCUUACAUAUAGAUGCAAAAACAAUAAAUGCAUCAGUAAGGUCAACCCAGAAUGUGACGGCACGCGGGACUGCGACGAUGGAUCUGAUGAGGAGAACUGCGACUGCGGGAGGAGCAUGUUUAAGACAUCGCGCAUUGUGGGCGGCCAGGAAGCCGAAGAAGGGGAGUUCCCCUGGCAGGUCAGCCUCCAAAUCAAAGGCUACGGCCAUGUGUGCGGAGCAUCCAUCAUCAGUCCCCGCUGGCUGGUCACUGCUGCCCACUGUGUGCAAGAUGAUGGCAAGACGAGGUACUCCCAGCCCGGCACUUGGGAAGCUUACCUCGGCCUCCACAAGCAGGGGAAGCUUGGAGGUGCCGUGGUGAAGAGGAACCUGAAACAGAUCAUACCCCACCCCAACUACAACGCAUUCACCUUUGACAAUGACAUUGCCCUGAUGGAGCUGGACAGUCCUGUCACCUACUCCGAUUACAUCAGGCCCAUCUGCCUGCCGUCUCCCCAGCAUGACUUUCCGAAUGGUAACACUGUGUGGAUCACCGGCUGGGGUGCCACUCGAGAAGGAGGAUUCGCUGCAACUGUGCUCCAAAAGGCCCAGGUCCGGAUCAUAAACCACUCUGUGUGUGAUAAGUUAAUGGGAGGGCAGCUCACCUCUCGAAUGUUGUGCGCUGGAGUGCUGAGCGGGGGAGUCGAUGCUUGUCAGGGGGACUCUGGGGGUCCUCUGUCCAGUCCAUCCGGCACUCGCAUGUUCCUGGCUGGAGUGGUCAGCUGGGGCGAUGGCUGUGCCCGCAGAAACAAACCUGGCAUCUACUCAACAGUCACCAAAUUCCGUGGCUGGAUCAAAGAAAAGACAGGAGUUUAGGCAACUGUGAAAAGGUCAAACAAGACCAAAGAUAUGGACAUGAACACGUGCUGAUGAGCCGCGCCAUAGUACACAUUGUUGCUUCAGUAAAACACCUGACUGACUUUCCAGCUGAUGCAGUGGAAACUGCUCGAAGAGCAAUUAGAUUUUUUUUUUAUUGUCCACCACAAUUUUAUAAGGCCAAGGUUGAUGAGAUGAAUUUAAAUGUAAAUAAGCGUGGUUUUUUGUUUGUUAUUUUUGUUUGUUUUUAAUGGAGAACAAUGUUAUGUGCAGCACAAUACAUAGAUUUUAGGUGUGAUUGUUACACAUGUACACAGAUGAAGAGUACAUCCUCUGUUGUCCUGUGUUUUUCAUCAGAAGCCAUCAUAAGAAUGUCCCACUCCUGUUUCUUGUUGUCUUUGUUCUAAAUUUUAUAAAUUGAACAACAAAAUGACAGCAAGCUCCUCCCACCUUACCUCCUAUGGCUUGGUAUCUUAUGAAUUUUAUUAUGGAUUUUUAGCCCAGCAGAAAUCUCUGGGAAGUUAAUGAUGUGAUUGUUCCCUCCUGAAUCCAUUCCCCUCCUCCGCAUGGACGGCAUUUUAACUGCUUUUCUGGAGGCAUAAAACACAAGAGUAGUGUAGUGGGUUUGUUUGAAUUUAAUCUUUCAUGUUUAAUAUGCUAAUGAGACCUUUCAUCCACAAUAUUAGAACAUUCUGUCCUGUUUAUUCGUGUAAAUGUGUAUAUGAGAUAUUUUAAAAUAAAAUGUUUCUACUCUAUAA